ACUUUGAAAAACUUUUCAACAUAAAUAAGUUAAGUUUUCAAAUUUGAUUUGUUGUAAAAAUUUGUUUUGUUAAUGAAAAAAUUGAAAAAAAAAUUACACAUUUAUAAUAAAAUAACUUUGUGAUUUUAAUUUUAGGAAAGCAAUCAAAAUUAAAAGAAUAAAUAGUCCAAAUGACAGUCACAGCGGCCAUUGUCAUAGCGGCACUCUUUCAAAUUGUCUUGCGCACAUCCUUCUUCUUCGAGCAAGAGAAGGGACUCUGUUCGCCGGCACCCUCACUAGCCAGUUGGAUAUUCCUCAUUGCGCUGUUGGAUCUCAUCUCGGAUCUAUGUCUCUAUCCGGUGCGUUACAUGCAUUUGCCUUACUUCUGUCAGGUGAUUGUCGAGACGAUUGUCACCAUUUUGCUAACGGAAUUCGGCGCCAUUGUCGUCUGGUGCACGCUGGAGAAACUCUUUUGGCGUUUAAUAAAAUCAUUUCUUCUCAUCAUGGGCAUGUCCACUGCAACCUAUGUGAACCAUGAGACACUCAUAUUGGGGCUCUCGACUACCUCCAUCAGUUUGGGCAUUUUAGCGUUUGUCGGUCAGGCGACCGAUCACUUUCACAUGAUACGUAAGAAGUAUCAACGUAUUGAGCGUAAGGUCACGCUGAACCUGGAAAUGUUCUGGGAUUAUGUGAAUGGCAGCAGGAACUCGCGUCGACGUUGCAAACCCAUGUACGAUUGUUCAUCGGAAGAUUUCGAGGAGUACUCUUGUCCGAAACGUCGACGCAAACGCCGUAGAUGUUGAGUUGGAGUGCACGAAGUUGUCGGAAGCUGUCUACGGCUCUAUGCCUGCGGAUUCCAGCAAAGUGUUAUGUGGCAUUCUCUUCGAGCUCUUAAUAUGUAUGUCUGUGUUUAUGUGUAAACUUUCUAUGUGUCACUGAAUGUACUCGUAUGUAACCGUUAGUAUGUGAUCGUCCCGAAAGAUGAAUAAUAAAAUGCAGUGUAGAUUUUCA